UAGGAGAAGAUGGAGGAACGCGAGGAAGAACCCGAAGAAGGCGAAAAGGAAAUUAGAGAAACACUGCCUGAAGCGAACAAUGAAGAGCCGCAGCGUGGAGGAGGACUUCCACCUCAGGAAAAUUUGGAGGAGGGAGAGGUUGAGGAGGAAGAGCAGCAGGAAAUAGCAGACGAAGAAAGGGAGGAGGAGGAGGAGGAGGAGGAGAUAAUGGGAGAAGAACAAGUGCAAAAGGAGGGGGAGGAGGAAGAGGAAAGGGGACAAGCGUGUUGUCACGAGAUCAGAAAUUUUAAUCAUUUAUUAUUAAUCGGGGAAAAUUCGCUUUAGAAAUUUCGCGAUAUUAGGAAGAGAGGCGAUAUUCCGUUUGUGUCUGCUACCCGAAGGAGUCGAUGUUUAUAACUGGCUUGAAAACGCAUUCGCCGAAAUUCAUGCCUACGCGUUGCAUAUCUCCGAACCGCAUGAUUACGUGGGAUUUGCAUUCGAUUCGGAAGAUUUAACGCACGGUCCGGCGGGAUUAUCGUUUUGACCGGCACGCGACUUAACUCGCGAGGACAUUUGGCGUCUUGUGAGUUCAGUAGCGCAAAGCGCCGGAGGUCUCGAUAUCGCACGAGAUUUUAACGUACGCGUUUUCAAUGUCGCGGACGCGUUUCGAAUAAACUUACACGGGAAGACGUUGCGAAACGUUCGAUUUUAAUAAUCUCCAAUUCGGAUAAUUUAUGUUUUCCCCGCUCUCUCGUGACCGCGCAAAUUUAUCACGAACGCGGUACGUUGCGUGCGGGGAACUUCACGAGCAGUGGAAUGUGGACAUCAGAAUUCUUCGUUACAACGCGAACUCGCGUUGGAUUUGACGAGGAGGGCUGGUGUCACCAUUCCACCGGAGGAUUGCGGGAUUCGGGAAAUAGAAUGUUUCCAACGCUUUCUCGCCGCAUUCGAUAUCGCUAUUAUUGUUUAUAAUUUCGCUACUUUCGGGCGCGGCUUUAUUCGACGGAACCGCGGUACUCGCCUCUCUAGAACGUGAGCUAUUGUAUCGAAUAAAUAUUAUAUAUUAUGAGCAACAACAAUAUUAUAGUCCUAUUUUAAAUUUAAAAGCAGCCGUGAGAAGUAGAGGGGGUUAUUAUAUACCAUGUAAUAUCGAUUAUCGUGAGGAAAAGUCAUCGCUGUUCAAACAAAUGUUCUCGUUGUAACAAAGUGCCGCUGUGCGAGCAACGUAAAAUCGUAGAACUUGUUAGAUGCGAGACUUGCAAACGUUCGUUCUUAGGAAACACAUGCUUUGAACAUCAUCGGACGACAAUGUCGUACGACGGAAAAACACCGGCGAGUGUCUGCAAUACUAUUCGGCUUUGCGAAGGUUGCGGACGGAUUAUAAAAGCGACAAAAAGACACGAAUGUGCCGUUUCUUUUUGCAAAAUUUGCAAUUCGCAAAAACCGAUAAAUCAUCUUUGUUACAUGCAACCUCUCUCACGUGAAGACAGAUCCUCCGCUGUCGAGCCCGACAGAGAUUUCUUCUGUAGUUACGGGAGAGAGUGAGCAGAAUAACACGGGUGAGCGGGAAUGCAAUAAGGGACGAACGGCAUUCGUAUUUUAUGAUUUUGAGACGCGUCAAGAUCAAUUGCUCGAGGGAACCGAUAUGAAAAUUCACGUCCCGACACUCUGCGUCGCACAACAGAUUUGCGAUUCGUGCGCGGGGAUGGAUAAUUCGUCGGUGCGCUGCGACUGGUGCAGAGUACGCGAAUUUGUUUUUCGACAGGAUUCGGUAAAACAAUUUGUCGAAUUCGCAACACGAACCAACGAAACAUUUUACGCGGAUUAUUUAUAUAGCGCAUAACGCGAAAUCAUUUGACGCGCAGUUAUCCUCCGGUACAUCGUAGAAAAUUAUUCUGGAUUAGAAUUUAGAACCUUGUAUAAUUUUAAACGGUACAAAAAUUAUGGUCCUAACAGUAAAUCGCACGAAAUUUAUCGACAGUAUUAAUUAUAUGCCAAUGCGUUUGUCGGAAUUACCGAAGGCCUUCGGAUUACCGGAUACUUGUGACAAAGAUGUCUUUCCGCACUUAUUUAAUACUGUCGAUAAUCAAACAUAUGUCGAUCCACUAUCCGAUGUUCGUUAUUACGCGCCCGAAACAAUGCGAACAAAGAAACGCGAACGUUUUCUCGCAUGGCACACAGAAAUGUCUGAAAGAAAUACGGUAUUUGAUUUUCAACGUGAAAUACUCGAGUAUUGUCGCACCACAUUACAUUAAUAUCCUUCGACGAGCAUGUAUGGCCUUCAGAAAAAUAUUCUUACAGCUGGGAAACGUGUGUUCAUUCGAGGAAUGUACAACUAUUGCUUCAACGUGCAUGAAAGUUUUUCGGAAAAACUUUUUGCACGAAGGAGAAAUAGGAAUCAUUCCUUCGGAAUACAGGUUGCAAUUUCACGGUCUUGCAAUUUCACGGUUGCUUUUUUCAUGGAUGCCCGUCUUGCUAUCCAUUAAAUCGUGAUAAAACGCUCGAAAAUUUUAACAAUACGUUUGACGCACGUUACGAACGAACGCGGUUGCAGCGUCUUGGCGAUUACGUCAAGGAUAUAUCCUAACAGAAAAAUGGGAGUGCGUUUUCGACGAAGAAAUACGCGAGAACCGAGAGAUGCAAGAAUUUCUUGAAUAUCACCCCAUGGUCAAAUCCCACCUCUCAAUCCUCGCGAUGCAUUUUUCGGCGGACGCACCGGCAAUAUCGCGACUCGAUACGAGAUUACGGGCACCGAGAAGAUACGGUACGUAGACGUAUGUUCUCUGUACCCGUACGUACCCAAGAUCGAAGUUUUCCCAAUUGGUCACCCGGAUAUUUAUGUGGGCAAGGAUUGCGCCAAAUUUUAAUUUUACUCUGGUCGAGGGUCUCGUACGUUGCCGAGUACUCCCCCCGCGUGAUCUCUUCCAUUCGGUACUACCGUACCGCGUACGCGGUAAAUUAUUAUUUGCUCUUUGCCAUACAUGUUGCGAAUCAUUUUCUCGCGACGCGUGCACUCAUGAUGAUCUUGCGGAGCGUGAGUUCGAGGGCACAUGGGUGUUGUGCGAAUUACGCAAAGCAGUCGAAAAAGGAUAUCUCGUGACGUGGAUAGACGAAAUUUGGCAGUACAAAUCCACGCGAUAUAACUCCGAGACGCGAUAGGGAGGAUUGUUUACCGAAUAUAUCAACACUUUUUUGCAACUGAAACAAAAGGCGAGAGUGGGUGCGAACGAAUGCAACGACGACGUUGCUAAAGAACGCUACCUGAGGGAGUAUGAAGCAACCGAAGGUAUCAUUCUCGAUAAAAACAACAUCGUACGUAAUUCCGGCUUAGGCUCCGUCGCCAAACUCUGUCUUAAUUCGUUUUGGGGGAAAUUCGGCCAACGGAGUAACCUGCCGAAUACAGAAAUAAUAAGAUCCCCUCAGCGUUUCGCCGAAUUGUUGUCGAGUCCUGAACAGAGAUAGUCGCUGUAUUGCCAUUAACGAGGAUAUAUGUUUCAUGGCGGUUAAAGAGUGAAGCGGUAGUAUCUUCACCGAUAACUAACGUGGUGAUAGCGGCAUACACGACGGCACAGGCGCGAUUAAAAUUAUAUGAAUAUUUAGAAAAAUUAGAUCGUCGCGUAUUAUAUUACGAUACAGAUUCUUGUAUAUUUACAAGCAGCGAUGAUCCCGAGGAGUACGAGCCGCACAUAGGUAAUUUUUUGGGUGACAUGACCGACGAACUCGAGAGUUACGGGCGUGGUAGCUUCAUCGAGGCGUUUGUAUCUGGCGGGCCGAAGUUUUACGCGUACGUGAUACGUACACCGGACGCACGAAAA